AUGCCUCGGGACCGAUUUUUUGAACUUCGCAAUUAUCUCCACUUCGUAGACCUGAACUGUCCAGAUACUAACGACAAACUAUGGAAAAUAAGGCCAAUAAUUAAUCCAAUUUUAAAGAAAUGCCACAGUUUGCCUCGUUCUAAACACAUGUCCAUAGACGAGCAAAUGAUACCAUUUGCAGGGCGAUGUGAGUACCGUCAGUACGUUCCAAGUAAACCUAAUCCACUUGGACUUAAAAAUUUUGUACUCGCUGCCCGAGAUGGAAUAGUGUUAGAUUUCGAAAUAUAUGUUGGUAAAGACACCAUAUCACCAGAAAUUAUCAAAAAUUUGGGACUAGGAGGCGGCAUUGUGCAAACUCUUUGCCGCACCAUUGAAAGCAGUUGUGUUCUUUACACCGAUAGGUGUUUUACUAGUUUAAAACUGGCCGAGCAUCUUAUUGCAAAUAAUAAUCAAAUAUUUCUAACUGGAACUGUUAUGACAAAUAGAAUUGGCCCAGUAUCUACGAAAUUGAAGCCAGACAAGGAGUUGCAGAGAGGGGCCUGGGAUGAAAAAGUCCGAAAUGAUGAUAACAUAUGUAUCGUGAAAUGGAAAGACACAAAAGCGGUAACAUUGCUAUCUACAUGUACAGGAGGUGAGCCAGCAACUACGUGCCAGCGUUGGUGUAAGGUUAGAAAAGAAAAGAUAGAUGUGACACAGCCAGCUGUUGUAAAAACCUACAACACUUGCAUGGGCGGAAUAGACUUGUGUGAUCGGCUCAUUGCAUAUUAUCGGAGCUCAAUGCGCACAAAAAAAUGGACAGUUAGAACGUUUUGUCACUUUCUCGACCUUGUGGUUGUCAAUUGCUGGUUGAUGUACAUGCGUUGUUGCAAAGUUGAAAAUGUGGAAAGCAAGCAUAAGCUGGGAUUGCUUCAAUACCGCUUGAAUUUGGCUAAAGCCUUGAUGAAGUAUGACGGUAGUAGAGUGGACCCAAAUUUUAUGCGUCCUGGCUCCAGAUCUCAAUCUAGCCCUGGCCCCUCGGCAGUUUCCAACUCAAAAAUCACGGACGUGGGCUGUGAUGAGCCUCCUGCAAAAAAAAAUCGAGCGGUUGUACCCCAUCCGCUACCUGAAACAAGGCUGGAUAAUGUGGGCCACCUGCCACGAUUCAUUGAUUCCAAGAACGCAUCCAAAUGUCGCCAUCCGACAUGUUCAUCCAAAUGCCGCACUAUGUGUGUAAAAUGUCAUGUUUUUUUAUGUAUAUUAAAAAAUAACUGUUUCGAGAGUUACCAUUCUAAUAAGAACUUUGGACCGCAUUAA